UAUAGCAUGACCACAAUGUCAAAAAUGUAAACAAAUGUUUGUGUAUUUUGUACAGUUCCAAAGAGUUUGUGAGGCAGAAAUGUCGCAAAUUAUUAAAAUUGAUAAUUUGUUCGAAGUAGCAGUGUUGGCUGACAAAAAUAGAAAGCCUUCUACAACUUUCCGUGAAAGACUUCAUCCGAUGGAAUAUUAUUCUGACUACGAGUUCUGGAUGAGGUAUCGAUUCAUGAAGACUAGUGUUUCAUACAUAAAUUGUCUCAUUAAGGAAGAUGUUGAAGAAACUCGAGGAGAUCCUCUCUCCUCAAUGGAUAAACUGUUGAUAACACUGCGAUUCUAUGCCACGGGUAGCUUCCAAAGAGUGUUAGGAGAUUUAGUAAACAUUGACCAAUCUACAGUAUGUAGAGCAAUCAACGAAACUUCUUUGAAAAUCGCCAAACUAUUUCAUCGUUUUGUCCGUCUUCCAACUCCGGAGCAGCAACAACAAUACGUAGAAAGUUUUUACGAAAAAUUUGGAUUUCCUCGAGUGGUUGGGCUCAUUGACGGAACGCAUAUACCGUGCAAAUCUCCUGGAGGGCUUGAUGCUGAAUUGUUUCGAUGCCGGAAAGGAUAUUUUUCAAUCAAUUGUCAAGUGACUUGCAACGCUGAUAUGCGAAUAAUGGAUUUGGUAGCGAGGUGGCACGGAUCAGCUCACGAUCAAACUAUCUUCAAUUUUUCAACUUUGAAAAUGAAGGAUUUAAAUGAGCCAUCUCCACCACCCCCGGAAAUACCACUACCAGCUCUGUAUCAAGAAAUUCAUCCAGUUGUGAGAAACCUGCAUGAAGCAUUGCCAGACAAUUCAACAAGAAAUGUAAUAAUUAAUACAAUUUAA